AUGUCGCCGCUCGCCGAUAUCCCGGUUGAAAUCGCCAACCACAUCUUGGGCUUCGUCCCGACCUCUGAUCUUUUAAAUCUCUGCCUCACCAACAGAUCCCUCCGCGAAUUCGCUGAGCCCUUUCUGUACUCUACCAUCAGGAUAGAAGCGGAGUAUGGUCGUACCCCCCGAAUCAUUCCUCUUCUCCGCACCUUAUUACAACGACCAAAGCUCUGGGACUACAUAGAUGACGUCUAUAUGGAUGGGUUGGGCCCUAAGGGUGAAUUUAUCCGUCCACUGGACCUAAAUAGCGUCGAUAUCCCUGUUGAGCAGUGCGUCGAUGCCAUCAAAAAGACCAAGGUGCCAUAUACCGACUGGUGGAUCGCAAAGUUGAACUCGAGCGCCACGUCCGUGGAGGCUCUCUACGCUAUGUUCCUCGCCGGGCUCUCCAAGUCAAAGCGCCUGGCUGUGACACGGGGCUUCAUCAACGAGCGCGAGAUUAUCGGCAAGGUCAUCCAGUCCAAAGCCUUGGGCGGGUCUGGACUCUCUAGAUUUGAACAGCUCAGGGAGGUCACAUACUACAAGUAUGUCGAUAAUGUGGAAAACAAGAACAACAAGAUAUUCCCAGACGUAAUAUCUCUAUUUUAUCUGCCAACACUCACGAGCAUUAAGGCUUGGAUCCCAAACCCUCCUGUAUUUGAAUGGCCAGCAGGUGAACCCAAUCUUGAUCAUCUGACCUCGUUAGAUAUUGAGCGGCUCUCCGAAGAUAACCUGGCGAAAAUUCUUGCCUUGACACGGAAUCUCAAGUCGCUUACCUGGACCUGGACCUGUGACGAGACAGAUGACCCUGGAAAUACGAUGGAGCUGAACUUUGAAAAUCUCAUCGAGAGCCUCUCGCUUGUCAGAGGCACGCUGGAGGAGCUACGAAUUCGGCUGGAGAUUGGGCCGAUCAUCAGUCCCAUUUUCAAACCAGAACUCAACGUCACAGGGUCGUUGGCUGGCCUUGCCGGCUUUCGCGGACUCACUUAUCUCGAGGUGCCAUUCGUAUCUCUUGCUGGUUUUGGAGAGACCCCGUUACCUAUGGAGGAUGGUGUUCCUCCCACUGUCAAAACUCUUGCUCUCUCGGACGACCUGCUUCUCAAUGACGUGGUCAGAUGGCAGCAGCCAUAUUUUGAGGAGUACGGAACCGGCUUCGCGCCAGCUGAGGCGAUAGACAAUCACAUCGAGGCGCUGUGCGACAACAUUCCCACGCAAUUGCCUCUAUUGCGUGACCUCAUCUUCUUCGCCGACGACAUGUUUGCGCCCAUAUUUGAGCGCGUAGAUUUCGAUGCUACCAUGGCUAUCUAUACUGAUGACGAUUUCAAUAUACGAGUGUCGACUCGGUAUAACUACUAG